AUGGUGGGUUUUAGCAACCAUAUUCAUUUCGAUGAACACGACCCAAGCAAGUCGGAGAAGAACAGCCAUGUCCGGCAAGCCGACGAACCACUCGACUACUCACCAUUGCGACGGGUGACCGGGCGGUCCUUCGCAAUGGCGACGCUUGUUUCUAUGGGAGGAUUGAUUUUCGGAUACGAUACAGGUCAGAUCUCCGGAUUCUUGGAGAUGCCCGACUUCCUGAGAAGGUUCGGCGAGCCUCAACCGGACGGGUCCUACGGCUUCAGCAACGUCCGACAGGGCCUCAUCGUGGGCUUGCUGUCGAUCGGCACUCUGAUCGGUGCUCUCGUCGCCGCGCCCGUUGCCGACAAGAUCGGUCGACGGUGGUCGGUGUGUCUCUGGUCCAUCGUCGUCUCGGUCGGCUUCGUGGUCCAAGUCUCGGCUGUCAAUGUCUGGGAACAGAUCAUGAUCGGUCGCUUCAUAGCCGGCUGGGGCGUCGGCGCCCUCAGUCUGCUCGUGCCGAUGUACCAAGCUGAGACGGCACCCCCUUGGAUUCGUGGAGCCCUGGUUUGUACUUACCAGUUGUUCAUCACCCUUGGCAUCUUCCUGGCGGCUUGCUUCAACUACGGAACCUACUCCCACCAGCGGGACAGCUCGGCCUCGUGGCGUAUAGUCAUCGGACUGGGCUGGCUCUGGACCUUGAUCCUUGGUCUGGGCAUCCUCCUGUUCAGCGAGACGCCACGGUUUGACUAUCGGAGGGGCCGUAUAGAGGCCGCUAGAGUGACGCUCCAGAGGGUGUAUGGUGCCCCGAGGAAUCACCAUGCUAUCCACACCCAGAUGGAGGAAAUCGCGAGCAAACUUCGCGCUGAAUCACAAGUGAAGCAAGGCGCGAUCGGCGGCGCCAUUGAGAUGUUUCGUGCUCCUCGCAUGACCUAUCGGAUAAUGCUGGGGGUCGUGUUGCAAAUGUUCCAACAGCUCACUGGCGCGAAUUUUUUCUUCUAUUACGGUACUUCGAUUUUUGCGUCGGUGAACAUCAGUUCCUUCAUCACGCAGCUGAUCUUGAACGGUAUCAAUUUUGGCAGCACGUUUUUGGGUCUGGUCUUGGUUGAGCGUGCCGGCAGACGUCUGUCGCUAAUAAUUGGAUCAAUCUGGAUGACCAUCUGCUUCUUGGUCUUUGCUUCUGUGGGUCACUUUAUGCUCGACAGGGACAUGCCGGCCAACACACCAACUGCGGGCAUUAUCUUGAUCGUCUUCGCGGCGCUCUUCAUCGUAGGCUACGCCACGACGUGGGGACCAAUGGUGUGGACGAUUAUAGCUGAGAUAUACCCCUCGCGAUACCGGGCCAGAGCGAUGGCCAUUGCAACGGCAUCCAAUUGGCUGUGGAACUUCCUCAUCGCUUUCUUUACGCCCUUUAUUACCUCUGCCAUAGACUUCCGCUACGGAUAUGUGUUCGCAGCUUGCAAUCUCGUUGCCGGCGUCAUCGUGUAUCUCUUCGUCAUCGAAGGACAAGGUCGCACUCUGGAGGAGAUCGAUACCAUGUAUAUCGAGCAUGUCAGCCCUCGAGCUUCAGCAAAGUGGGUUCCGCCUCAGCCCGAGGAGAUCACACGCCUUCGCCGGGAGGCAGGUACGGAGGUAUCGGACACCGCGGUGGAGGAAGGGAGCAGCUCGAUCGGGGAUCUCAGGGAGCAACCGAAGACUGAGGGACACCAUGCCGAGAAUGCAUGA